GUUUUCAGAUUAUUGUGGUCACACGAAGCAAUGCAGUGGACUGUCGCGCUUGAGGGCGGACCUCGCCGCGUCAACCACGCUGCUGUUGCGAUCGGCGAUAGGAUAUUCUCUUUUGGCGGCUAUUGUAGCGGCGAAAUUGUGGAUCCCGAUCAACCGAUUGAUAUUCAUAUGCUAGACACAAACACAUACCGAUGGAUUUCUGUGAAAGCCCACGGUGAAGCCGAUGACGACGACGAUAGGAUGGAAGAAGAUGACGUAGAACCAUUGAGAUCCCUGCCGUAUCAGCGUUAUGGUCAUACAGUGUGCGCAUAUCGAGGAAGAGCCUAUCUCUGGGGCGGCAGAAAUGACGACUAUGGUGCCAGUUCGACCUUGCAUGAAUUUGAUCCAGUGCUACUUCGCUGGCGCAUUGUUCCCGUCGAAGGUCGUGUUCCACCUGCACGCGAUGGCCACUCUGCGGUGGUUGUUGGAGAUCGUAUGUUCUUGUUUGGAGGAUUUGAAGAGGACUUGCAACGAUUUAGUCAAGAAACAUACGUAUUUGAUUUCCUAACAAAUCGUUGGAGCGAAUUUAAUACCACGGGUCAACCACCUCUAUGGCGUGAUUUUCACACUGCCGUAGCGAUUGAUAGCAAGAUGUACAUAUUCGGCGGAAGAAGUGAUCACACAGGACAAUUCCAUUCCACUCGUGAUAUGUAUGACGAACGAUUGAAAGCAUUAGAUUUGAGGACAGGGGAAUGGUCGGAUCCAAUUUGUAAUGGCACUGGACCUUCGGGAAGACGAAGUCAUUCUGCAUGGACGUAUGGUGGCAAAAUGUACAUAUUUGGCGGGUAUCUUGGAACUCAAAACAUGCACUAUGAUGAUCUCUUCUCCUUCGAUCCGCAAACGAACCAUUGGGAAAAGAUCAAGACAUCGGGACCGAUGCCCUCGGCCCGUCGUCGCCAAUGCACUGUCGUUGUUGGAAGCAGAGUGUUUUUGUUUGGUGGAACCAUGCCCGUGAAGAACAGUAUGGGCACCCCAUCUGGCUUGGCUGAUCUUGCUGAUCUGUAUGUUCUCGACUAUGCACCAUCGCUCAAGCAUCUAGCAGCUGGCGUCGUUCUUCGAAACAACUACCAUAAAAUUUAUGCCAAGUAUAUCCCCCGUGACUUGAACCGUGAACUCUGGGCAAUGACGACGCCAAAUGCCAUCUCCACCCCACUAACUCAACGACAUGAUGCGACUGGAUAACUAUCAACCAGUGGGCGUCUGAGAAGAAAAGUUAGAGGAAGACUAUCCAACUGACACCGGUACAUCACAUUAUAUCAUACAAAACAAGUCUGUAUUUCUAUAUAGUAUCGCUGCUUACAUAAUUUCGCUUACUGCUCAAUCAAACUGCUUUCACUGCAUCGUUCGGUUCUGCAUUAUCAGGAAACGGUUUCUUUUAUCUCUUUUUCUUUUUAUCUUCCUACAAUCUGGGUAUACUUAUUUUUCUUAUCGUGUCUGCUAUCGCUGUUGCUGAAAUUGUGUGCCUACACUAUUUCUGAACGAUUCGUUUUAUGUUUGUUUCUUUGUUCCAUAUGCGUGGUUCAACUCCCCGCAUAAAUGUAUAUUUCAUUAGCUUGCAUUUGACUAACAUCACAUUCUUCAUCGUUAAUCGCGGGCUUCUGGUCUUUCUUGCGCUUUUUAGUUUUCUGAAUUUCCACAAGAAACUGGCCGAACAAUAUCACAACGCGAUUAUUGAUGUGAUUUGAACUUCUGAAAAACGUGUAUUCGAGAUCGUGUACUUAUUUUUUCCUAACAUUUCUAGUCGACUAUUUUUGUGUGUGUUUCUAUAGGGUAUUGUUACGCACCACUUCCCAAUCCUGGUAUAUCAUCGUUUUUGUCUGCUUGCAAAAUGGUAGUUAUUCUCAGUACAACAUACGGGCAGACAUUCUGAUCUGUUGUAUGCGUAACAAUAGCAAGUGUGAUUUACUCGCAUUUGGAACAUUGUUACAAUUUUGGUUCAUACAGUUCACAUUUCGAACGCUAUGGCUCAGUAGUAGCUGAUUUUAUGCUUGAAAAUUGCAUGUUAGGUGCGUAAUUUUUCUCUAUAACGCGUACAAGUUGUUUAUUUUGUUCUUUUAUGCUCGAUUGAAUAUUAUGUUGCUGUGCUAUGCUUGCAUAUUUGCAUGAUUUCACUCUAUGCAGUGCCUUCUACUGGGCGUUAUAUCAAGUUUUUUCCGGACUUUCGCUUUGUCCAAUGCCUCGCUGUUAGAGAUAUUUCAAUAAAAUUUGACAUCCA